UUAUCCCCCACUCUCCCAGUCCCACAGCUGCUUUGGGUCCUGGCCCCUGCCCCAGCUAUGGCUCCUGGGGCUCCUUCAUCCAGACCCAGCCCUAUCCUGGCUGUGCUGCUCUUCUCUUUGGUGCUCUCCCCGGCCCAGGCCAUCGUGGUUUACACGGAUCGGGAAGUCCAUGGUGCUGUGGGUUCCCGGGUGACCUUGCACUGCUCCUUCUGGUCCAGUGAGUGGGUCUCAGAUGACAUCUCCUUCACCUGGCGUUACCAGCCCGAAGGGGGCCGUGAUGCUAUCUCGAUCUUCCACUAUGCCAAGGGACAGCCCUACAUCGACGAGGUGGGAAGCUUCAAAGAGCGCAUCCAGUGGGUAGGCGACCCUCGCUGGAAGGAUGGCUCCAUUAUCAUACACAACCUGGACUACAGUGACAACGGCACAUUCACCUGUGAUGUCAAAAAUCCACCCGACAUAGUGGGCAAGACCUCCCAGGUCACGCUCUAUGUCUUUGAAAAAGUGCCCACGAGGUAUGGGGUGGUGCUGGGAGCCGUGAUCGGAGGUGUCUUGGGGCUGGUGCUGCUGCUGCUGCUGCUUUACUACCUGAUCCGGUACUGCUGGCUGCGCAGGCAAGCGGCCCUGCAGAGGAGGCUUAGCGCCAUGGAGAAGGGGAAGUUGCACAAGUCUGCAAAGGACUCCAAACGUGGCCGGCAGACACCAGUGCUGUAUGCCAUGCUGGACCACAGCAGAAGCACCAAAGCUGCCAGUGAGAAGAAGAAAGGGCUGGGGGAUUCUCGCAAGGAUAAGAAAUAGCGGUUAGCGGGCCGGGCGGGGGGUCGGGAGUCCGCGGCGGAGUCCUCCAAGGGCUCUCGGGUGGUGGUCAUCGAGAUGGAGCUACGAAAGGAUGAGCAGAGCUCGGAGCUCCGACCAGCUGUCAAGUCCCCCAGCAAAACCAGCCUCAAGAACGCCCUCAAGAACAUGAUAGGCCUGGACUCUGACAAGUGAUCGCCGCCCCUCCCCUAGGCCCUACUAGAGCAGGGGGACCUAGGCCCCUCUUAUCACCUGUCUAGGUGCUUUCCGCCC